AUGGCAUUGGCAAAGAGCAUGUGCGCCGAGCAGGACCUUGCCGAUGCACUACUGUCAAAGGCAAUGCACCAAGCAAGCUUCAUUGGCAUGGACACUAAAACACUGGCCGACUUUAUUUCCGAAAGCGAUCCAGUACUCGCAGAAAGUUGGAGGCGCACAAUGUGGAUGUUAUACGUGAGCGACACAAACUUUGCUGUUAUUCGACAGGACUAUGAUCUGAGGCUGAAGGACAUGAGCUUUGACCUUAUCCCGCCGACAAGAACGACAUUCGCAGAGUAUCAUAAUCGCGAGUACGACAUGCAAGAAAAGCCGUUCUCUUCGUUUGCAUAUUACAUCGAUGCAAGUAUGAUAUUUGCUACCACACUGCCCGCAUCACUCAAGUUCAGAACCGUAUCUAAAGCAGAGAUACUCUGUGAUAAUCUUGAGGCCAAGAUCGCCGGCUGGUUUGCGAUGUUACCGCCAAGUAAACGAGAUCUGGAUGUUCGGCCUGCCUUCUUGGAUCAACUCAUUUUUCAGUCACAUAUGAUGAUGUACACAUGUCUUGCUUACAUACACAGACCCUUUUCCACCCUUCGAUAUGACCCUGUUGAAGGAAUCUCUACGUGCGGGUCGCCUCCCCCUCCACUCCUCUUGGGACUCAGUGGUGGAGGCGGUCUGAAUCGUCAGUCACAUCUGCAAAAGCUCUUACAAGCCAUCCGCAAGCAGAAUCAAUGCCUUAUCAUCUUGCCCCUCGGUUCUGCCCAGUUGUCGCCUUUCGUCAUUUGCAUGGUUGCCUGCUGCACCAUUGCUCACCUCAUAGCUUGCAAGUCAGCACUACCAAAGGACGAAGCCGAAGUAGCCCGAUCCCGGAUCCGCGUUUGCCUCGGCACGCUCAGGCAUUAUGAGGAUAUAUGGCCGAGGGCUAAGAAGAUAUUAUUGGAACUCAAGAGAAUUGCUAAUUCCAUUUUUCAGACUGAGAUGGCGACCUUGCAUUAUCAGCCCACCUAUGCUGGAGUCUCUGCAAAUCAGCAAGACGCCACGCUUGGAGGUUUAUUUGAAGAGGAAUGGCUUGAUGCCCUAAGAAACUUCGUAUGA